AUGUCCGACGGUAAGCUACAGCUCGACGCGCUCAACGUCGCCAGCAAAGCUAAUGCACGCACAGCCGACUUCGAGACCAUCAAGCGCCUGCAGCAGGAGCGCAACGCGGCAGCUGCAGGGAAGAAAGGUUCAAAGACUUUCGACCCGGCUAACCAGAGGACUGACAACUCAACGAAGGCCUCCCUGACGGAAUCCUUUGAUACCGACCUUUAUGAACGCAAUGGCGCCAACAAGUACGACGGCUACCUCACCUCCAUCCCUGCUAAUGACGAUGAGGACAUGGAUGAUGUCGACGACAGCCGCAGGCUUGUUGGCCAGUACACCGCCACCCGUGCCCAGAUGGACGAGUUCGCCACGGGAGAUGCCAUGGAGGAGGAUAUUCUGAUGGAUCGCGAGAAGCAGGCCCAGAUCCAGGCUCGCGAGACGGAUUACCAGAAGCGUCGCUUCGAGCGUGGUACCGGCGACGAGGAGGGCAUGAGCUACAAGGACAUUAUGAAGAAACGCGAGCGUGAGCGGGAAGAGCGCGAGAAACAAGAGAAAAAGGCGAGAGGCGAGCAUGUCGAGGAACAUGAAGCGACUCUGAAGGACGGUGGCGACAAGACGCCCACGGAGAACGGUACCAACGGCGCCACGGCUGGCCGCAAGCGCAAGAAGCGAUGGGACGUCUCGUCAGAGGACGCCGCCACUAACGGCACGAACGGCGCCGUCGAGUCUGAACCCAAGAAGCGCUCCAGAUGGGACCAGACUCCCUCGAUUCCUGUUCCCGGUGCUCCCGAUGCUACUCCCAAACGCAAGUCGAGAUGGGAUCAGGCACCGGCUCUGGGUGCCACACCUGCCGGUGGUGCUCCUGGACUCGCCACGCCUGUCCACCCCUCCCAAGCUGGCACAGUUCUCUCUUUUGGAACCGACAUUUCUGGACGCAAUGCCCCCAUUUCAGAUGAGGAACUCGACGAGUUACUACCCGGCGAAGAGCAGGGUUACAGGAUCCUCACACCUCCACCAGGUUAUGAGCCUGUUCGCGCCCCCGCAAAGAAAGUGGCAGCCACUCCCGCGCCUACAGCCAGCCUAGCUGGUGGCUUCAUGAUGCAGGAGCCCGAGAACGCCCGAGCCCUUGGAAAGCAGCUUCCCAACGAGAUCCCCGGUGUUGGUGAAUUACAGUUCUUCAAAACCGAGGACAUGCAAUACUUUGGCAAGCUCAUGGAUGGCCAAAACGAGGAGGAGCUGAGCGUGGAUGAGAUGAAAGAGCGCAAGAUUAUGCGGCUAUUGCUCAAGGUCAAGAACGGCACUCCACCGAUGCGUAAGACUGCACUUCGCCAGCUCACCGACAACGCCCGCAACUUCGGCGCCGGACCUCUGUUCAAUCAGAUUCUCCCCUUGCUCAUGGAAAGGACGCUCGAAGAUCAGGAACGCCAUCUUCUCGUCAAGGUCAUCGACCGUGUUCUCUACAAGCUUGAUGACAUGGUCCGGCCUUACGUCCACAAGAUCCUCGUCGUCAUUGAGCCGCUGCUCAUCGACCAGGACUACUACGCUCGCGUGGAGGGUCGCGAGAUCAUCUCCAACCUUGCGAAGGCUGCUGGUCUUGCUCACAUGAUCAGUACGAUGAGGCCCGAUAUCGACCAUCCCGACGAGUAUGUCCGUAACACUACAGCUCGUGCCUUCGCGGUUGUUGCCUCGGCCUUGGGUAUCCCUGCCCUUCUUCCCUUCUUGCGGGCCGUCUGUCGAAGCAAGAAGUCAUGGCAAGCUCGUCACACUGGAGUCAAGAUUGUCCAACAAAUUCCUAUCCUGAUGGGCUGCGCCAUUCUGCCCCAUUUGAAGGGCCUUGUCGACUGUAUUGGCGACAACUUGAACGACGAGCAGACUAAGGUGCGGACUGUCACGGCUUUGGCCAUUGCCGCUUUGGCUGAAGCUGCGAAUCCUUACGGUAUCGAGAGCUUCGAUGACAUUUUGAACCCGCUAUGGACUGGGGCUCGUAAGCAGCGUGGAAAGGGCCUUGCUGGUUUCCUCAAGGCUGUUGGCUACAUCAUCCCCCUGAUGGAUGAGGAGUAUGCCAACUAUUACACUGGUCAAAUCAUGGAGAUUUUACUCCGCGAGUUCUCUUCGCCCGAUGAGGAGAUGAAGAAGGUCGUGCUCAAGGUCAUCUCCCAAUGCGCCAGUACAGAGGGCGUUACGGCCGGCUAUUUGAAGGAGAAUGUGCUGGACGACUUUUUCAAGAGCUUCUGGGUCCGUCGUAUGGCUUUGGACAAACGCAACUACAGGCAAGUUGUGGAAACAACCGUCGACCUCGGCCAGAAGGUUGGUGUUAGCGAGAUCGUCGAGCGCAUUGUCGUCAACCUCAAAGAUGAGAGCGAGCCCUAUCGCAAGAUGACGGUCGAGACGCUGGAGAAGGUCAUUGCCAGCCUUGGUGCUGCCGAUAUCGGUGAGAGGCUGGAAGAACGCCUCGUUGACGGUAUCCUGCAUGCGUUCCAGGAGCAGAGUAUCGAGGACGUUGUCAUGCUCAACGGCUUCGGUACCGUCGUUAACGCUCUUGGAACCCGAUGCAAGCCUUACCUCCCUCAGAUUGUCAGUACUAUCCUCUGGAGGCUGAACAACAAGUCGGCCACUGUCAGGCAGCAGGCCGCCGAUCUGGUCUCCCGCAUCGCGCUCGUUAUGAAGCAGUGUGGAGAAGACGCGCUAAUGGGCAAGCUCGGUACCGUUCUGUACGAGUAUCUCGGCGAAGAGUAUCCUGAAGUGCUUGGUUCUAUUCUGGGCGCUCUCAGAUCCAUCGUCACCGUAGUGGGCAUCAACCAGAUGCAACCGCCUAUCAAGGAUCUUCUUCCACGUCUUACUCCUAUCCUUCGCAACCGCCACGAAAAGGUGCAGGAGAAUACGAUCGAUCUAGUUGGACGUAUUGCCGAUCGUGGUCCCGAAAGCGUCAAUGCUCGUGAGUGGAUGAGAAUUUGCUUCGAGCUUCUGGACAUGCUGAAGGCCCACAAGAAGGGCAUUCGUCGUGCUGCUAACAACACGUUUGGUUUCAUCGCCAAGGCAAUUGGUCCGCAGGAUGUCCUUGCCACCCUUCUCAACAACUUGAGGGUGCAGGAGCGUCAGUCUCGUGUUUGUACUGCAGUCGCCAUCGGCAUCGUGGCCGAGACUUGUGCUCCCUUCACGGUUCUUCCGGCGCUGAUGAACGAGUAUCGCGUGCCUGAGCUCAACGUCCAGAACGGUGUGCUGAAGUCGCUAUCCUUCCUCUUCGAGUACAUCGGCGAGAUGGCAAAGGACUACGUCUACGCUGUUACGCCGCUUCUUGAGGACGCCCUCAUCGAUCGUGACCAGGUUCACCGCCAGACAGCCGCAUCCGUUGUCAAGCAUGUUGCGCUAGGCGUUGUGGGUCUAGGAUGCGAGGAUGCUAUGGUGCACCUGCUCAACCUGCUCUACCCCAACAUUUUUGAGACCAGCCCUCACGUCAUCGAUCGUAUUAUCGAGGCCAUCGAGGCAGUCCGUGUUGCUGUCGGCACUGGCGUGGUCAUGAACUACGUGUGGGCUGGCCUCUUCCACCCCGCUCGCAAGGUGCGACAGCCAUACUGGCGCCUGUACAAUGAUGCGUACGUCCAUUCGGCGGAUUCGAUGGUGCCAUACUACCCCGACAUGGGCGAUCCGAACACAGUCAGGCAUGAGUUGAACAUCAUCCUCUGA